AUGUGCUGGUUGGUCACUCGUCAAGUAGAGCUAGUUUCAAAUAUCGGAAGGAUCUGUCUCUCGCUCCUUUCCCGAGCUGUGGCCUUAGAAACGGAUCUCCAGAGCUCCAAUGACUCGCUUCACGCCCCUAAUAUCGGCCUCACUAAUGCUGACUUCAUAAACACCACAAUCCCGUCCGCGGAUGAUUUGAAAAUAUCAGAUUUGAACUUUCAAUCCGAUCUGCUCGUCAAUGGUGGUUACAAUAUCGCAUGGCAGGCUCGACCACUCUGGCACUUUUCUCGGGUAGAGUUGGGGUAUUGGCCCGAUACCAAUGGUGGAUGUGAUAGCCCUGGAGAGGGCAAGUGGAGUAAAGCAUUCCCCACUUAUUAUAGCAUUAGCAAGUGCAACGAUAGCGAAGUUAGGGUUGUUUAUAAUCUGUUUUUCCCAAAGGAUGGUUGGGGUCCUGGCGGGACAGGUCAUAAGUAUGAUUGGGAGAGGAUAUAUGUCACCUGGAAGGAAGGGGGAGGUGGGUGGGCACCAGUGGAGGUGGCUUAUAGUUAUCAUGGGGGUUAUAACAAAUACAAAUGGGAUGAGGUCUGGACGACUAAUACGGAUGAUCGCAACCAAACCCCGGAAGACGGCGUCAAUAUGAAAAUGCCAAAAGUGUUCGUUAGUUGGGGCAAGCAUGCUACCUUUAGAGAGAAAUGCGGCGGAUCGCACGGAUACUGUUGCUGUGGCUUGGGGGAUAUUCUUUCGGAAAACCUGCCGUGGGCGCAGAGAAGCGACGACUACUAUUAUGUUGCCGAAGAAGGUUAUCUGCUUAAUGCAGGUAGGGAGACGGAGUUGGGAAAGAAGAUUGCAGGAUUUGCAUGGGGUGGUACGUCUUAUCCCGGGGUUGUACAGGAUACGAUAUGCGAGAAGUAG